CUGCUCCCAAGCCAUGGGAGAUCUUUCCCCCCUAAAAAGGAAAGGAAGGCAUGUGAGGGAGAGCCAGGCAGAGCUGAGGGAAUGGCCUAAGGAGCAAGCAGGGCCUGAGGGAAAGAAGCAUCUAAUCGAGAAGGUCUGUGAACAACUUUCUGAUGACGGGACCAAAGGCGUAUCUGACCUACUCCACCAGCGUGGCUAUGGGGGCCCACAGCGGGAUUGAAGAAUGUAAACACCAGUUCACCUGGGAGCGCUGGAACUGCCCAGAAAGUGCCCUGCAGCUCUCGACUCAUAACAGACUGCGGAGUGCUACCAGAGAAACCUCUUUUGUUCAUGCCAUCAGCUCAGCUGGAGUAAUGUACACACUCACCAGAAACUGCAGCAUGGGAGACUUUGACAACUGUGGCUGUGACGAUUCAAGGAAUGGCCGUGUAGGUGGCCGAGGAUGGGUCUGGGGAGGCUGCAGUGAUAAUGUGGAAUUUGGCGAGAGAAUUUCCAAACUAUUUGUGGAUGCUUUGGAGACAGGACAAGAUGCCAGAGCUUUAAUGAAUCUGCAUAACAAUGAAGCAGGGAGACUUGCUGUGAAAGCAACAAUGAAAAGGACGUGUAAGUGCCACGGGGUAUCGGGCAGCUGCAGCAUCCAGACCUGCUGGCUCCAGCUUGCUGAGUUUCGAGAAAUUGGGAAUUAUCUGAAGAUAAAAUAUGACCAGGCCCAGAAGCUGGAGAUGGACAAGAGAAGGAUGAGAGCUGGGAAUAGUGCCGACAGCCGUGGGGCCACAGCAGAGACUUUCAGCACUGUGCUAGCCACAGAACUUGUCUUCCUGGAAGACUCUCCUGAUUACUGCGUCAGGAAUGCCAGUCUGGGCCUCCAUGGCACCGAGGGGCGGGAAUGCCUGCAGAGUGGCAAGAACUUGUCUCAGUGGGAGAGGAGGAGCUGCAGGAGGCUCUGCACUGAGUGCGGCCUGAAAGUGGAGGAGAAGAGGACUGAGAUUGUCACCAGCUGCAAUUGCAAGUUCCACUGGUGCUGCAUGGUGAAAUGCCAGCAGUGCAAACAGGUGGUUACCAAGCAUUACUGCUCCAGAAGAGAUGGCUCAUCCCCCAACACCACCAGGCGGCGGAACAGGGGGCACAAGAGAUAAUCGGCAACUCACUGCUGUUAAC